AUCAGUGCGCGCGCUGCUCUCGCCUUCCGGAUUUGCAUCCGUUAUUAUCCCGUCAGUUUAAGUUCGCUCGAGCUCAGAAUCAGAUACACACAUCGUUCGCAACGAUCGAUCACGCGUUCCGGUUGCGGUGUAAUGCCAAACGCGCCGCGCGCGCUCCUCCUCCACGGACGAAAACCACACGGAGGAGCGAUUCGAGAUCACGAUUCUGCAGUGCUGGAAUCGCCAGUUUGGGUAUUUUGGGCAUUUCUCAGCGGCAUCUGAAAAGGAAAGCAAAUCAUGACGGCCACUAAAGAGCAGCAAAGCCAGAGACCGAAUCCGCAGGACGAGGAUCUGGGUGGCAUGAGUCCACCUCAGAGGAACUGGAAGGGGAUUGCGAUCGCUCUGCUGGUCAUUCUGGUGGUGUGUUCUCUCAUCACCAUGUCUGUGAUCCUCCUCACUCCAGUGGACACACUACCGGGCAGUGACACCAAGCUGGCGGUGGAGGAUCUUUUCAGUGCAGAUUUCAGUGUUCAUGACCCUGAAGCUCUUUGGAUCAACGAAUCUGAGGUUAUCUACAGGAACCACAAUGGACAUGUGAUCAGGUUUAACAUCCUCACGAACGAGACUGAGAUCGUGCUGAAGAACGUCACAUUUGACACUUUUAAAGCCACCAAAUACUCUUUAAGCCCGGACAUGAAGUAUAUGCUUUUCGCCUACAAUGUUAAACAGGUUUACCGGCACUCAUUCACGGCGUCCUACAUCAUAUACAACAUUCACACCAGGGAGGUUUUGCAGCUGGAUCCUCCAGAGGUGUUGAACUCUAAACUGCAGCAUGCAGAGUGGGGCAUUCAGGGCCAGCAGCUGGUGUACAUAUUUGAGAAUAAUAUUUACUAUCAGUCGGACGUCAGGAGUAACUCGCUGAGAUUGACCUCAUCUGGGAAGGAGGGCAUCAUCUAUAACGGCAUUGCUGAUUGGCUCUAUGAAGAGGAGGUCCUGCACACGCAUGUGGCGCACUGGUGGUCACCUGACGGCGAGCGCCUGGCGUUUCUGGUCCUGAAUGACAGUCUGGUGCCGAACAUGGUGUUGCCCUCUUUCACUGGCUCUACGUACCCGAAAGGCAAACAGUACCCGUAUCCGAAGGCUGGGCAACCCAAUCCAAUGGUCAAACUAUUUGUAGUCAACCUGUACGGACCGACACACACGCUAGAACUCACACCACCAGAUGAACUCAAGCUCAGGGAACACUAUGUGGUGAUGGUGAAGUGGAUCAGUAAGACCAAGACAGCAGUGCGCUGGUUAAACCGGCCGCAGAACGUCUCGAUUCUGACGGUCUGUGACUCUACUACUGGAGCCUGCAUCAAGAGGCAUGAGGAAACAUCAGAAGUUUGGCUCUCGAAACAGAACCAGGAACCGUUCUUCUCACGGGACGGCAGCCGCUUCUUCCUGACGGUCCCGGUGAAGCAGGGAGGACGUGGAGACUUUCACCACAUCGCCAUGUUCACCUCUCAGGUGCGGGCAGAUCAGAAUGAGGUGCGUCAUCUUACGUCAGGCAACUGGGAGGUGACGCAGAUUCUGGCUUACGAUGAGAACGCACAGACCAUAUAUUUCCUGAGCACCGAGGGCUCCCCGACCCGCCGGCAGCUCUUCAGUGUGUCCACAGUGGACCUGUUUUCGCGGCGAUGUCUGACCUGUGAGCUGAAUAAAGCUCACUGCACGUUCUUCAGUGCCAUUUUUAGCCCAACCAACCAACACGUCCUUCUGCACUGCAAAGGUCCAGGAGCGCCGACAGCGAUCAUACACUCUCUCAACACUGCCAGUUAUUACAUCCUGGAGAAUAACUCAGUGCUCAAAGCUGCUCUCAGAUACAAGCGGAUCCAGCUGUUUGAGUUCAGGAGCAUCCAGACGGACCACUUCGAGUUGCCGCUGAAGAUCUCCUAUCCACCCGACUUCUCUGAGUCCCGCAGUUACGCUCUUCUGCUGAUAAUUGAUGCUGCCCCCGGUGGUCAGCAGGUGAAUGAGCAGUACGCAGUGGACUGGGACUCUGUGCUGGUCAGCUCGGACAAUGUCAUCGUAGCUCGUCUGGAUGGCCGGGGAAGCGGUUUCCAGGGGCAGAAGGUUUUGCAGGACGUGCACAAGCGUCUGGGAGCCGUUGAACUGCAGGAUCAGCUGGCCGCUGUUGAGUACCUGCUGAAAUUUUCGUACAUUGAUCGAACCAGAAUCGGUGUGUUUGGUCGGGAUUAUGGAGGAUAUAUCGCACUUCUUCUGAUCAAAUCCACCGAGAACUUGUUUAAAUGUGCAGUGGCCAUGUCGCCUGUGACAGAUUGGAAUUUGUAUGCCUCGGCCUUCUCUGAGCGCUAUCUGGGACUUCCUCUUCAGGACGACAGCAGAUAUCAGUUCUCCAGUGUGCUGCAGAAUCCACAGGGUUUCCGAGACCAAACGCUGAUGCUGCUGCACGCGACUGCUGACGCGAACAUUCAUUUCCAGCACACAGCCGAGCUCAUAAAGAACCUGGUGAAGGUGGGAGCGAAUUACACACUGCAGAUUUAUCCAGACGAGGGGCAUUUUCUGUCUAAGAGCAGCGAGAGACACGUGGCCUCGACACUGACCAGCUACUUCAGAUCCUGCAUGCAGGACGAUGGGCUUCCCAUCAGUGAGGAGGAGGAGGAAGAGGAAGAGUAGAGUGAAGAUGA